AUGAACCCCUUCAAGAGCAGCAACAACCAGGCCCAGGCUGCCGGUCAGUCCAAGGAAGACCCCGUCGACAAGGCACGUACUGACGGAGCCUAUCUAGCUUUCGACUUCGCUACCAAGAAGGCUGGCCACGACAUGCCCCGCAGCACGGAUGAGAAGAUCACCGAUGCUGGCCGCAACAUGUAUGAGAAGUUGUUGGUGUCUAGCAAGAAGGUCAACCCUAAGAUUUCCAACUAG